AACAAAUCAACAAUAACGAUAAAAGAUUAUAAGAUAAAGUAAAUUGUCAUUGUAAAGUAAAUCGUUAAUUUAGUGAUAGCUUCAAAGUUUCCUUAUAAUAUUUUACUAAAUUCUUUAUCAUUUCCGAAAGUUUCAACAAUAGCAAAAUGGUAUCUGAUGAUUCCGAUGAUGAGCCCUUGUCAGUGUUAGCUGCAGAGAAAAGAUUACAUCCCGAAAAAUUCCCUAAACCUGAAGCUCAAAGUGAAGAUACCAGUAUAGUUCUCAAAAAAAGAAAGAGAAAAUCGCUUACGCCAAAGAAACUGGGAAUCACCAUUAAAGUAAGAAAACAAAGGAUUUUACCGCCACCUCCUGUGAUAGAAAGACCUGCUGAUGUUUGGCUCUAUCUUAAAGAUUUGAACCCCGCUGGUCCUUACAGCUGUUUACUAUGUCCUGAUUGGUUUAUAAAUCGAUCCAAAAUGAUCAUGCAUUAUGUUUUAAAUCAUAAAAAAGAUUAUUGUGGUAUAUGCAGAUAUUUUGUACCAGACAGAGAGUCCUGGCAUGCACAUGUCAAAUUUCAUAUUCCAUGGCCUUGCUCUCAGUGCAUUGCAAACUUUCCCUGUCAAGUAUCUCUGCGCCAACAUUUAAGCAGCGUUCACAAACUUGUCCACUGUCGUCUAUGUCACUUUCGUCUACCUGAUAAUGACCAAUAUAAUACACAUCUUUUCCAAAAACACAAUGUUAUUAAUGUACUUAGUAAAGAUGAAGAAGUGCUCUGGGAUUUCGAUUAUGAUGGCACUACGAAAUUUUUAUGUUUACUCUGUUCAAAGGGAAAUAAUCUCAGUUCUACAUUUUUCAAGCACUACAUGGGUUACCAUCAUUUUACUAUAAAGUGCUUAACAACUUUAGUUUCCGGUAGGGAUUCACCGUUCACUGUUAAUGGUGCGGAUGUAAGUGCUCACUUUAUUGAUGGACAAUUGCAAGGUCAAAUUCGUUACGGUUAUGUUGAUUUGGAUAAAAUAUCUUUCAAUGCUAUUAACCAGUUGGAUGAACAGAACGAGAAUUAUAAUUAUUUAAAAGCUGAAGUAAAACAAGAAGUUUGUGGUGAUGGAGAUGUACAAAGACAGAUUGGUAAUAAAGAAACUAAAAUCGAAGAUGAUGUUCAUCAAAAUUAUAAAGGUGAUGAAGAUUUUGACGUCACUCUUACAGAAAUCAUAGUUUUAGAGAAGUGCUACUUUGAUUACGUGAACCGUACACUCAGUGACAUAAAUAGUAACCAAAUGCCUUUAAACUCUUUAAUACAAUAUGAAGAUGGAAAAUCUGAUAUUAUAAUGGAUGUAGACUGUCCGUUGUGCAAAUCGAGAUACGAAAAUGCUCAAGCAUUUACAAUGCAUAUGAAUAAAAUGCAUUGUAUUAAGCUUGUUCCGUUAUAUUCGUGUAGAGUUUGUGCAACUACAUUUGACACCCAUAGCGAGUUAGAGACUCACACUGGUCUUGAACUGGGGAACUUUGAGGACCUUUGGAUCUGUCAGUUUUGUGACAAAGAGUUCGACAACCGAGAUGCUACGAGAAAGCAUUUAACCGAACAUUGGAAGGUUAUGGAAUAUGACAAUUGCUUCAGUCCACAUUUGGGUUUUAAAUGUAGAUUUUGUCCGAUACUGUUUUGGAACGAAACGGACCGAGAACAGCACCAAGUGAGAGUACAUUUUGAGAAAUAUCAGGAUCAGUUUUACAAAUGUGAAGGUUGUUCAGAAUUGUUUAGUGAUAAAGUAUGGUUCAUACAUCAUCAUUUGGAGAAACAUUUUGCCAACAAAAUAACAACAUAUCUAAUGAAAUGUUGUUUAUGCUGUAUUGUCUUACCAAAUAUUGAUGAGAUGAGGAACCAUUUCACUGAGGAACAUCCGGAGGCUAGGAAAGUCUACUGUUCCUUAGAUUCAUGUCAAUACAAACCUCUUAGUCAUAGGAAAUCAUUUAAACUGCAUGUAAAGACUAUCCAUAACCCAUCAGCGCGGGCAGAGAAGGCAGUGAACUGCACUGUGUGUGGGCGAGAGUUUGCUAGCGCGAGGGCGUGCGGCGCUCACGUGGCGCAGGUACAUGGUCCAGGCAAAUUCAAGUGCAAGCUGUGUAGGGACGUGCUACACACCAUGGACGAGAGGAAGCUUCAUUACUUACUGCGUCAUCCAGGACGACAUCCAUACGAGUGUGUGGACUGCGGCAAGUCAUUCCAGUACAAGUCCUCACUGUACAUGCAUAGACAGGACCAUAUACCAAACAAACAGACGUACACAUGCAAUUAUUGUUCCAAAGUUUUUAUGAAGAAGGACUCUUUCCGCGAGCACGUGCAGAUACACGAAGGUCCACGUCACGCGUGCUCGUACUGCCCCAUGCGGUUUGUGCAGCGCUCCAACAUGCUGCGUCAUGAGCGCCGGCACACGGGCGAGCGGCCCUACGCCUGCCCGCACUGUCCACGCACAUUCGCUGAUAAAGGUGCCUGCAACUCACAUGUCAGAACACAUUCCAAAGAAACAUCAUUCGCGUGUGUGUAUUGUGGUCAGACAUUUGUUCAAAAGUCCAAACUUACCUAUCAUAUAAGAAAACAUACAGGAGAGAAUUUGGAAACUUGUCCGGUAUGUUCUAAGUUGUUUACGAGUGGUUGUGCAUUACGUGAACAUAUGAAGAUACAUGUUGCGAAAAAGGAACUAGUUAAAUGUCCACUAUGUGACAAGAAGUACCAGGAUGAGCGGUACAUGCUGCGGCAUCUGCGCACUACGCACGCGGGUGCUCAGCACGCAUGUCCUCUGUGUCACAAGCUGCUCACCAGCGCGGCAGGACUGCGCCACCAUGUCCUCACACACAGCGCCAUCAAUAUGUUCCAUUGCAAAUGUUGUCAAAAAUCAUACGCCAUCAAGAGGACUAUGAUAAGACAUCUGCGCAGACGCCACGGUUUAAAAGGUACAGAGAUCAAUAUAAAAGAUUUCUUCAGAAAACUUGACCCUAGAGAAUGUCAAUUAGGUCUAGACGAAGACACAAUGCUGAAUAUAUUUGGACCACCCAAGAAAAUCAUGUCCGAUACCUUAUUAGUUGAUUACGUGAAUUUAGCUAAACUUUAUAAAAAUAAUAGAAAACAAGAUGAUGAAGCCGAGAAAGAAACUGAUGAUGCAGAUGAUAAUGUUGAAGAUGAUGAUUCCGAUGAAGCAUCUUUACAAACACUCAAGAAAGAUUAUAUCAAUUGUGAUGAAGGAGAAAGUAAUAAAACUAUAGAAAAUGUUACCAUCAAACAAGAAACCAUAACUGAUGUUGAAUUGGAACCAACUGAUUUUGUUAGUGUUAAAAUUGAACCGUACGAUGAAAACGAGAGUCAAUAGAAAAUU